CCCAACAACCGUCAAUCGGAUCAGCGCCAACGCGAUCUCUCAUAGUGGAGUGAUCAUGGGCUUUAUCUCGACUUCUACACAAGGCUCGCCAGACUCUGAACUUAUACUAGGCGAUGCGCUUUGGAGGGAAAGGGUUCCGCACAUUAACGGAGAGAACUACUUCUUCUGGCCGUAUCCGGUCCUGAAAAGGCUGAUAACGCGGGAUACAAUCAUCCGACAACUCCAAUCCGUCAAGAUAGGACUGGAGAGCGCGGAGGCAUGCAGCGAUCUAAUCUUGGGCACCGACAAACCCCCCUUUCUUCGAGCCUUUGCAAUACUGGUUCUUGUAGAACGAAGCGACGAUAUCCAGGGUUUCAUAGAUGCAGACUUGCAUGACGAAAGAUUUCCUCUCGUACAAGGAUCGGAGUAUCAUCUUACGGCCCAGAUCUGCAUGGCAAACCUGGGGUGGUCUUAUAUGCAGAGAGACUAUUUCAACAUUAAUCAACUGCGAAUGUCGCCGGGGUUCUUUGCACUGGGAGAAGAUUACGAGGCUCGGCACUAUGAUAUGCCCAAAGGACAGAUGCUCCCCUGGGUGUUAUGUAGAGACAGCUAUGGAGUACACGAAGAGACACUGUCAGGGGGAUGCGGGCAGGUCGUCAAGUACAAGAUUGAUACCAACUCACAUGGGUUUACCCCGUUACUGGAGAAGCAUGGCUUUUAUGUUAGCUUCGUUGCCGUCAAGUCUUUGAAAACUGCAAGCCGGGAGAAAGACAGGUCGAGCAAAGAAUUGGAAAUGCUCAAACGAUUCAGCGGUCUUAGUCACCCGAAUAUUAUCGCGCUUUUGGCUACAUACACUCUCCAAAGGCGAUUUCACUUCGUCUUUCCAGCCGCCGAGUACGACCUUCUCAUGUAUUGGAAAAUCCACCCUGGUCCACUAGUAAACCCGGCUUCUGCCAAUACCGAAGGUCUUUUAUGGCUGUCGGAACAAAUUCGAAACGUCGUCGGGGCUCUUGCGCAUAUCCAUGAAGGCAGAAAGGCUCACAUGGACACGGAGACAAUGUUCGGCAGACAUGGCGAUAUAAAACCAGCCAAUAUUCUUUGGUUCAGAUCACGGAAAGAGAAGCGAGGCGUGUUUGUGAUAUCGGAUUUUGGCAUUGCGGAUGUCCACCAGAAAGAAACUAGAUCUAUUAUUCCUGCAGCCGAUUUGCCUGUCACACCCAGAUAUCGAGCACCCGAGUGCGAUAUUCGUGAUGGUCGGAUAUCCAGAGCAUACGAUGUCUGGAGUCUAGGCUGUCUAUUACUUGAAAUGAUCUGUUGGAUCUUUGGGGGGAAUGACCUGAGGGAACGAUUCAAGGAUAUCCUGGUUUCGCCUUAUAUAACUGGGGUCAUGACCGACAUAUACUUCGAUUUUAAAUGGCUUGGCCCUGGAGAGGGCUACAGGCUUGGGGUAAAAGAACAAAUCGUCAAGUGGAUCGGUUCUUUGCAUAGGAAGCGGGGUUGCAGCGCCUACGUUCAUGCUCUGCUCAAUAUAAUACAUCAAGAUAUGCUGGCCGUUGACCAGAGUAGGAGGAAAAGCAUGGCCGAAUUAUUUGAGAGUUUUGGCGAGAUGCACCAGCGCGUCCUUGAUAACAUUGACUAUAUUAAAACUCCGGAACUGAGGGAAAUAAGCUUGGAGGCAAGAUACAUGGAUGGAGUGCAUCUGAAUAAUAAGAUAGAAAGCAUUCUUGAGGCUCGGGUCGAGAAAAGAAAUCGGCUGAACGAGGCCUCUGGCUGAAAGGUAUGUAGCUCGUGAUAGCGAUUCUGGGGCCAGACCUAUCAGGGCAGGGUUAACUCCAAAUAGCAUAAUGAUCGAUAGUGUUGUCGGGAAAAAUGAUAGCGUUUUUAACUAGAUAGUUUAGAAUACCUUAGCCUACCUAAUCUUAGUUCUUUGUUGCUCAG